AGACUGUGUGAAAGUGCAUCACCAACCUCUGCAGCAACACGUAGUUCAAGUGCUGCGGUAACUCAGCUGUGUUAAUCAGCCUCUUCCUCACUAUGAUACACCGGACAUGUGUCUGUAUGAGGAACUGAACCGUGACGGCCGGACGGGGCUUGCUGUCGAGUUCCUGGUGUUCAGUUUAACACUUACCGACAGUCCGGAGCCUUGAGCUUUUUCACGGUCAAUUACAGAGGACAUUAGCACAUCAGUCACCAGGGACGAAGAUCUGAGGAUGGACCCCGAAAGUCCCGUUGUCGGCAGGGUGGAGAGAACUUUCUGGACAGUUUGGUACUAUUUAACUGGAGCUGUUAACAGAUUGCUCAGACCAGAGCCGGCCAACAUUGUUAGCAACGGACCAAACUCCCCCCAGGAGUCGGCAGUUGACAGCGAGCUCGCAAAGUGUAGCCAUUUAGAAGAUGAAGUCACCCGGAGGGAGGUCGAUGAGGAACAACUUAUUGCCCCAGCAUCUCUGGUUGGCACAUCUCAGUCAGCUGUUGCCUGGGAGCUUUGCACCACAGAUAUUGACCUAGGGCCCGAUGUAGAAACCAUGCAGUACAAAUCUGAAAGGGAAGAUUCUGUGGAAGAAGAGGACACCAGAGGGGAGGAACUCAAACAAACAGAAUGUGAUGAUUUAGAGCUACUCGUGGUGAAAGAUGAAAAAGAACACGAAGAAGUAGAUCGUAAACUGUACACUCCCAGACAAGAUGAGACGGCAGAAAACAAUGACUAUGACGAACGCGUAAACGCGAGGUCACAGAUGCUUAAAAGUGAUGCAACGAGUGAAGAUUUGGCUGUUUCUGAAGGUGAAUCAGAGAGGGAAAUUAAAUCAGAUGUUCCUCAAAAAAUGGAGGAAACAGAGACAAAGAUCCAAGACAAGGUUGGAGAUAAUGAACAUGAUUUGGAGGUAGACGGCAUUGCGAUAAAAUCAUGCUCAGUCACAGAAUUUAGUCCUGAAAAAAGGGAACCUAAGAUUCACAUAGAAGAGGACGACAUGCAGAAAAACGAGACAGAGACAUUGAUGAAGCACGAAGAAGUGGAAAACAGUCAGGGUGUACUAUGUACAGUACAGGAUGAAAAGCAGCUCUCAGCAAGUGAAAAAUUGUCAAAUGAUGAACUACUUAUUGCGCUAGUUGUUGGAAAAGAUCGUGUGAUGGCUCCCAGAAAUAUGAGCAAUACAUCUGAGGAUGUGAAAGAGAAGGAGGAUAAGAGCACAAUGGAAGAGAGAGAGCAGGAAGCUGUCAUCGAGGAACAAAAAGUGAAUGCGGCUGAAGAAAACCAGGCUUUAGAUAAAGUGCUGGAGCAGAAAGACAACUCUGAAACAGUGCCAGAAGACAGCAAAGAAGACCCCCAUUCAAACGACCAAAAGAGUUUCAGCGAUGAAGUUGUGCUGAGUGCUAAAACUGAGCUACACACAAAUGGAGAGCAAGAGGAUGUGGCGAAGGAAGUCAAUCUGCAAAUCAAAAUGAGAGACACAGAUGAUGAUGCAUUGAUCACUGAACGGUUUGGUGAUAAACCAUCAGACAUUUCAGUAGUAGACGAGAGAUCUCUUGAUAAAGAUCAAGUACAAGAAGACAUUGAAGAAAGUUGGGGGGUAAGAGCAUGUACAGCCAUCUCGGUUACUGUGAAACCUGAAGGUGAGACUGGACAGGAAGAAAGCUGGGAGUUUCAAAAUAUUCCCCAGGGUAUAUUUGAAGGCCGGUCUGAUGUGUCGCCGGAGCUUAAUCCUCCAACAUGUGAGGAAGCACAAGAGGGAGUUCCUGACUACAACAAUGAGCCAGGACCUGAUGAAAAUACAACACAAAGGUUCCUGGAAGUAGGAGACUCCAAGGAAGUCCAGAGCAGCCAAUUACCAAAAGAGGUGGAGAGCAAAGAGCCGGAGAGCCUUCAAAACAGUGGACGUAGCACUGGAGCUGACUGUUUACUGGUGCAAGAGCAUAUGGAGGAGGUUCAAGAAAGCAAAGAAGAUAUUAAGAGACACUCUGCUUUGGUUUGUGCCGAAUUGCCAAAAGAAACAGGUAAACCACUAGUUGAACCAACAGCUCAAGAACCAGGACCUUUGUUUGUGGAAGAGGACGGAACAUUUAUGGUUGCCCAAAUGAAGACCGGGAUAGAACAAUCAGAAAAUGAACUUGAGACAGGCUUGAGCGUGACAAAGAAAAAAGAUCUACCAGAUGAAGAGCUUUUGGUUGAAAUAGAUGAAGGUUCUUUUAACUCUAAAGAAGCUGAUGCUGCUGGAGAUUGUCUUGAAGCAACAGAACAUUUGGUGGGAGAAGAAAUUCUAAAACCCCUCGAGGCUAAAGAACAGAUGACAACGGAGACAAGAUUUCAAGAAUCAGUGGACGCUAAGAAAACAGAACAGAGCAGCAAUAGAGCAUCCGGUGUACAAGAUGAUAUUCCUCCCAUUGGAUUUGUGAAACAAUCUGUCGAGACUGAGCUGUCAUCAAACAAAGAGACGGAGCUGCAAGAUACAGGCAACAAUUUGGAGUUGGAAGAGUAUAAAGUUGAGGAGGAGGAAGCAGCAGAAGUUCAGAUGCAGAACAAAAAUGAGGUUGAAAUACUUGAUCUGCAGGUUGCUGGUAUGGCAGCUGAAAUAACCAGAGAAAAUAAUGAUUUAAUUUCAGAGUUUACAUUAUCUAUGAAGUCCAUAGAGACAGAAAAUCGACUAUCUGACAAUGAAGCAACUCAUGAAUCGGAGAUAAUCGAGCCCAAACCAAUACAUGAUGUGUGUAUGAUAUCAACAGAUGAGAUGCAUCUUGGUAAAGAUCAAGUACAAGAAGACAUUGAAGAAAGUUGGGGGGUAAGAGCAUGUACAGCCAUCUCGGCUACUGUGAAACCUGAAGGUGAGACUGGACAGGAAGAAAGCUGGGAGUUUCAAAAUAUUCCCCAGGGUAUAUUUGAAGGCCGGUCUGAUGUGUCGCCGGAGCUUAAUCCUCCAACAUGUGAGGAAGCACAAGAGGGAGUUCCUGAAUACAACAAUGAGCCAGGACCUGAUGAAAAUACAACACAAAGGUUCCUGGAAGUAGGAGACUCCAAGGAAGUCCAGAGCAGCCAAUUACCAAAAGAGGUGGAGAGCAAAGAGCCGGAGAGCCUUCAAAACAGUGGACGUAGCACUGGAGCUGACUGUUUACUGGUGCAAGAGCAUAUGGAGGAGGUUCAAGAAAGCAAAGAAGAUAUUAAGAGACACUCUGCUUUGGUUUGUGCUGAAUUGCCAAAAGAAACAGGUAAACCACUAGUUGAACCAACAGCUCAAGAACCAGGACCUUUGUUUGUGGAAGAGGACGGAACAUUUAUGGUUGCCCAAAUGAAGACCGGGAUAGAACAAUCAGAAAAUGAACUUGAGACAGGCUUGAGCGUGACAAAGAAAGAAGAUCUACCAGAUGAAGAGCUUUUGGUGGAAAUAGAUGAAGGUUCUUUUAACUCUAAAGAAGCUGAUGCUGCUGUAGAUUGUCUUGAAGCAACAGAACAUUUGGUGGGAGAAGAAAUUCUAAAACCCCUCGAGGCUAAAGAACAGAUGACAACGGAGACAAGAUUUCAAGAAUCAGUGGACGCUAAGAAAACAGAACAGAGCAGCAAUAGAGCAUCCGGUGUACAAGAUGAUAUUCCUCCCAUUGGAUUUGUGAAACAAUCUGUCGAGACUGAGCUGUCAUCAAACAAAGAGACAGAGCUGCAAGAUACAGGCAACAAUUUGGAGUUGGAAGAGUAUAAAGUUGAGGAGGAGGAAGCAGCAGAAGUUCAGAUGCAGAACAAAAAUGAGGUUGAAAUACUUGAUCUGCAGGUUGCUGGUAUGGCAGCUGAAAUAACCAGAGAAAAUAAUGAUUUAAUUUCAGAGUUUACAUUAUCUAUGAAGUCCAUAGAGACAGAAAGUCGACUAUCUGACAAUGAAGCAACUCAUGAAUCGGAGAUAAUCGAGCCCAAACCAAUACAUGAUGUGUGUAUGAUAUCAACAGAUGAGAUGCAAAAGCAAAUGAUGGAAUCAGAGGGGAGUUGUGGUCCAAGUCAAGAUGUAAUUGAUGAGGAAAUCCUCGACAUGUGGAUUGAGACAUUGUCCGAGGAUGAUGAAAAACAUCAAGAAGGGCUUGAGCUUGGGCCACAAUUGAACCCAGGAAUAGAGCCAUCGGAAAAGGAAGAAACACAGCAGGAUACAGAGCAGCUUGUGGAGUCAAAUCCAGGGGAAUGUGAAUUAGUGAGUGAUACAGAGAUGUCUUCAUCAACAGCAGAGUCUGGAUUUUCCGACCAUUCCCUUAAUGAAUGGGGCCCACAAAACAGUGAGACACAGUUACUGAAAUCAGCUAGCCCUGGGACAGUCCAAGGCACAUGUGACAUGUUGGUGAAUGUGUCAGAAUCCGGGAACAUCUUAGAAUUGUCUCCACGAGAACACAACUCUGGAUCCCAGGAUACUAUGAUGGAGGAAACCCCUGACGCAAGACAGUUAUAUCUAAAAAUUGAGGAAUCUGUGACAGGAUUUCACCUUGAGGAGAGAGAUUCUGAAGAGGUUAGACAUCAAGAUCAGGAAUCAGAUCAAACACGGGAAAAAAUGCACGAGGAAAAUGGAUUACAGAAAGAGAUUGAUGGCAAGGUGACGGACUUUAAAACCGCUGUUGAAGCAGAUGUGACAUCAUUGACAGAAGUGGGCGCUCUUUUCCAACUAGAGAAAACAAAAGUUGAAACUGAGACUCUUGAGAUAACUGCGUCUGAUUCUCAAGAGGAAAUCCAACACACUGACUCCGCUCGUUCGAGACGUGACUCAGAGGGUUCGUCAGAGGAGGGUAUUGAGUCAUCUGAAUCUGGUUCAGAAGACAACACCUCAACCCAAUCAGAGAAGACAUUACUUGAGAAAAAACAGCUUGGAUUGACAGAAGAGAUAGAUGGUUCUUUACCAGGACUUACCGGGACAGAGGUGGCACAACAGUCUGGAGAUCAGAUUGAGGUGGAUGCCUCUGUGCUCGACUUUUCUGCGCAAAGGUCAAGAAUCGCUGUGAAAAACCCUCGAGUCAGACCACCAACAGAUCCCCGCUCCCUGCUGCAUAUGCCCUCGGUGGAUCCCACUCCUGCUUCACGUCUGCCAGUCAAAGUCCCUGCAGGUGUGCCUUUGGGAGGCUUUGGCAUUGGAGUAAAACUUCCUGGGCUCGGUGCUGGUUUUCCUGUUCUGAAAAAGACAAAACAGAUGAUGAGAAAUGAAAAUAGCCCAGACAGUGACCCACAGGAGCCUGAGACAAUGCCAGAGGAAAAGGGCGUCGCUCCAGAAGAAGAUAAGGCACAACACAAGCCGAAAUGGAUGCCACCAAGACACCCAGGAUUUGGAAAUCCUCUGAUGUCUGAGCUGAAGACAAAACUGAAGAAAACCACAAAAGAGUGAGAAGAAGAUGAAUGAUAAUGCCUGUUGUGAAUAUUUAAAAUGUAUUAUAUAGAGUACUUUACUUUUAUAAAGAAUGUAUCAAAUGAAACACUGAUGAAAUGUACUUCAUGUUUCAAUGUUUGUAAUAAAGUUGAACCUAAAAGAAA